CAAACCAUUUCUCCUUUCACUCACUUGUUUCCUCUUUCUUCAUUGUUCUCUCUAAAAGAUCUGCAAAACCAGAAAUACAAAAAAAAAAAAAAAACUGUCGAAAAGAAAAAAGCACCGCCAUGACAGACUCCGUUGAACCGUCGUCAACAUCAACCGGCGAUCCUAAUAAUCCAAACCCGAACCCGAAUCCGAAUCCAAACUCAUUAAUCCAUCCACGCCGCGAACCAUUCGAGCACGGACUCCUCCAAAUCCCCAAGCUAAUAUUCUCCGACCCGACCCAAACGCUUUCGCAGCUCAAACAGAAGCUCGCCUCUCAUAAUCGUCCUCGAAUUGACUCGGCAAUUCUCGCGGACUCGCUCCAGAUCUCAAUAGACCACGCGAGGCUUGUUAUUGAUACGCUCGCAUCGGUUCUUCACUCGGAUUCCGACCCGCUCGUUAAAGCUUUACCCGGAGAUAUCGAUUCUGUGGGUGCGGAUUUGAAUGAUCUGAUAUUGUUUUUGUAUAUACAGUCAUAUAAGAAGUUAUUGCCUAGAACUCAUAAAGAUUCUGCCGCUGUUACUGAUGUUUGGCCUUCCACGUCAGCUUUUGACGGUUACUUGUCCGCUUUAUCACCUCUCCAGCUAGUGCGUAGCAACAGUCGUCGGUUUAUGCCCUCACAAGCUGAUGAAGAGGCUCAUCAGUUAUCCUAUCUACAAAAGCAUAUGGCUAACAUUCUAUCACUUUUGGCAGAGCCUGUGGAAGGAGAAGGCGAAGAGUCUCUGGUUUUAACCAUGGAAGGAUACGAGCACCUGGGAUUUCUAGUACAAUUUGGCGAUAAGGGGUCUGAAGAGGUUUCAUUAAGUCAAGCUGCUCCAUUUUUUGCCAAUUCAGAUCCUGACAUGCCUGCUGUUCCUGUUCCUGCUGUGCAAGUCCAUGAUUGGAUUUCGCAGAAUAUUUCAUCUGCUUUGGAACAUAUCACUGAAAGAAUUUCUGCAAAAGAGAAUGGGCCACAUAGUGCAUCUGAUACGGAUGUUGCCAUGGCCGAUGCAUGUACAAGCUCAAUUAAGCCUGCACCAAAUGCUAGGGGAUCAAGUUUUAUUGAGGGGAUCUCAAAAUCUUCAUAUGUAAAGCAUGCAGCGGAUCUUAAAGGAUCUUCUGUUAAGGUUUUGAAUUGCCAUGACUCUGCCAUCUACGUUUUAGCACCCCUGAGACAUGCUACCAUCUAUGGAUGCUCUGAUGCUACUAUAGUUCUUGGAGCUGUUGGCAAGGCUGUAAGGAUUGAGCAUUGCGAGCGGGUUCAUGUUAUUUUGGCAGCAAAACGAGUCUGUAUUGCUAAUUGCCGUGAGUGUGUGUUCUUUUUAGGUGUAAACCAGCAACCGCUUAUGGUUGGAGACAACCAUAAACUGCAGGUGGCUCCUUACAAUACAUAUUACUCAGAGUUGGAGGAGCACAUGGCUGAAGUGGGCAUUGAGGCAACCAUUAACAGGUGGGAUGAUCCCUUGGCCUUGGGAGUGGUUGACCCACACGAUUCAUUAUCUCAUCCUGCAGGUGUAUCUGAUGUUCAAGCUGAGUCAGCGAUUCGGCUGGACCCUGAUCAAUUCACCAAUUUUCUGAUUCCUAAUUGGUUUAGUGGUGAAUCUCUUGGGUCAACAAAAGAUAAUCCUUUUCCAUUACCAGAAGCUUACAUGUCAGCUCAGGAGAGAAAUCAAAAGAACUUGGGGGAGAUAAAGCAAUUAUUGAGGGAAGCUCCUCUUGAAGAAAAUCGGAAGAAGGAACUAUCGUGUGCGCUGCAUGUACUAUUCAAGGACUGGUUAUAUGCUUCGGGCAAUAUCCGUCAACUUUACUGCCUACAAGGUGAUUGAUGUUGAAUGAUGAAGGUGUUGUUGCAUAACAAAUCUGGCAACCGGAGGUGCUCUUUCUGUUUCAACUCAAUUAAAAUUGGCGCUAGAGGCAGCUGAGAAUCAUCCUAUGUACUUUGGAAUCGUACGCAUUUGUCCGAUGACACUGGUGCACAGAAUACAUUGAUUUACCCUAAUCUCACUGUAAUAUUUUUUUUGAAAUUGUAAUAUUUGUUAACCUAGAUUCACAAUCUUGUGAAUUUUUUUCCUCCUUUAUUUGCCAUUUAGUCUUCCAUCAUAUUAAGUUCAUCUUUUGAA